ACAGGCAGACAAACUGCUGUUACAAAAGGACCUCCUUGUUUUUAGUGUGUAUUUUUAACGGACUAUUUUGGGGUUUUGUUCUUAAAUUAUAUUAUAAGUCAAAAGUCAAUUUAGGAUUAUUUUAGGAUACUUGUUUGUAUUCUGUUUGGCAGACAUCAUGUUUGAAAUAGAGUUUGUCUUUAGGGCAUGCAUACACUGUUUUUGCGUCUAUACAUCUCUAGUUACACUAUGUUUUAUGGUCCAACAACUUUUUAAAAUAUUGUACAAAUAUAGUAGCUAUUUCAAGAAAAGGCUGUUUCUUGGUUGCACAUGCUGUACUAUUAGCAUUUACACUGCUGUAUGCAGUAUUUUUGCCCCUGCAUAAAGUAUGAAGUUAUUAAAAGUUUCAUUUGGUUCACAUUUGUUUUUCAUUUUAUUUCUGGGACUUUGAAAAUCGCAAGCAUAACAUGCUGACCUCCCGCUGAUUCUGCACGUGUCCGCAUGUGAGCGGGAGGGAGUGAGUGGGAGGGAUGCGGUGCUGAAAUUGCGAUGGAGAGAAAGGCAAGUGCAAACAGAGAGCAACAUGGGGUUUAUAUAUGAAAGGGAAUUAAGUGUUUGUUUAGUUGAGGAAGCCUGUAAAAAUGCAAAUCAUUUUUCUGAGCGACGAGUGUAUGGAUUGUACGGUAAGUAGAAGGGGAUGCCUCUCUCUGCCCAUGCUUCUACAUUCCCUCACUGGCUCAAGUCGAGGAUGGGAGGAGUUUGACUGCUCCUGCUGCAGCAGAGGGAAGGAGGGAGGGAACACAGAUGCAUCAGUGCCACCGACGAGAGAGGGAGAGAGAGAGAGGCUGCUUUCUGCAUCACACCACUCUAUUCCUCAUUUACAUUCCAGACGGUAGCUCCUCUCCGGAGAGCUCCCUUCUCUGUUUGAAAUGCCAAUCACCACUGGCUGUUCCUUUAUCCUCGAUCAUGCACACUUCCUCCGUGCUGAUGUGAGGGAGCCGAGAACCCGGCACGUGCUGAGGAGAUUCCCUACUUUUUGUCCGACCGACGAAUGAAGUUGCCGCAAAGAUAUCAGACUCUGGAAUUUGACCUCUUGGAAAUUUAUAGGGAUAAUCAACUUGACUGAUAUUUUGAGGAUUCUCCCCUGCUGUGAUUAUUCGGGACUACUAACUGUUACUCCGCACUGGGACUCCAUUUCCUUUUCUUUUUUCAUGUGCCGCCAACUGCCUGCCCUUCUCAGACACAGCUUUGCGUCUCCCCAGUAAGGUGAGACUGAUAGAGGAGGAGGUGAGUGUACGUCCUGUAGUACUGGCGCUUCAUCCAGAGUUUAAGCUUGACCCACUACCUGCUCCCACAGCAGUCACUGUAUGAUCCAGUGUGUCACACUCAGUAAGUGACUCUCCGCAGGAUACCAUCGUCGCAUGUAUAUGAUUUAUUCAAAGGAUUUUUCUGGACCAGCGGCUCAUGUUGCUGCUGAUAUGGCAGGCACCCGGCAUGGGCACAUCCCUCGUAUCUGUUGGGGCAGCCGUGUUUGCUGAGCUAGGCCCUCAAGGAACUAGCACCCUAUUUGUGCACCCAAGCGCACCCUGAACAAAAUGAACGGAACUGAGCUGAACCAAAGCACAGAACCCUUCUGCCUUCUGAACAUUGGCUACUCUGAGAUCUUUAACACCUGCCUGCUGGAAGUAACUGUUAUUCUGCUAUUGACAGUGCUCAUCAUUUCUGGGAACCUGGUGGUUAUUUUUGUUCAUUGUGCCCCUCUGCUCAGCCACCAUACUACUAGCUCCUUCAUCCAGACGAUGGCAUAUGCAGACUUGUUGGUCGGAGUCAGCUGUCUCAUUCCGUCACUGUCCCUCCUGUACCACCUGGAGGGUUUGAACGAGGAACUCACCUGCAAGGUCUUCAGUUACAUGGUCUGCGUUUUGAAGAGCGUCUCCAUGGCCUCAUUGGCAUGCGUUAGCGUCGACCGUUACGUCGCCAUCACCCGACCUCUUUCCUACACAGCUCUGGUCACACCUUGCCGACUUCGCACCUGUAUUACCCUGAUUUGGGUAUACUCUGCGCUUAUCUUUCUGCCAUCUUUUUUUGAUUGGGGCAAACCGGGAUAUCAUGGUGAUGUGUUCAAGUGGUGCUCCUCCUGGACCACUCAGCCCCUGUUUACCGCCUUUAUUGUCGCAGCCCUGUACGCACCUGCUGCGUUAACCGUUUGUUUCACAUACGCUCAUAUUUUUCGCAUCUGUCGGCAACACACUCGGCAAAUCAGUGAGCGGAGAGCUCGCUUUGGUCCACAUGAGCCUGAGACGGGCGAGCAAGCCUGUACGGACAGACGCUACGCAACCGUGCUCUUCCGUAUCACCAGCGUGUUCUAUUUGCUUUGGCUACCCUACAUCAUAUACUUUUUAUUGGAGAGUGCUGGGAUAUACCACCAUGCCAUUGCCUCGUUCCUGACCACAUGGCUGGCCAUAAGCAAUAGUUUUUGCAACUGCCUCAUUUACAGCCUGUCCAACAGAGCCUUCCGCAAAGGCCUCAAGCGACUUUGCCUACUUUGUCUACAACGUACAGACACCAAGAAGCCCAUUGGAGAUCCACAGGCCCCUCAACGCCCUGCCUGCCAUGUGUAGUUCCUUUUGUUGGCUAGUGAUUUAGCAUUAAGGGCAAGUGUUUUGUCAAGUUAAAAUGGAUACUAAAGAUUGGUAUCGGCAUCUGUGCGCCGUCCCAGUUGUCAGGGCGUUUUGAAUGAGGCAACACCUUAAAGGUCGGUUUGCCUGUACGUAUAGUUGCAGGAUAAGACUAGAGGGAGAAGUCGACCCCUGACCUUGGUAACUGGAGAUGAAGCAGACGGUUUUGUGAAAGUUGGUGGCUCUCAUUGUUACAGAUAUUUGGUGUUUAGAGGGAAUGAGUUGUUAGGAAUUGUUUUGAUAUUUGUCAUGAGGAAGUAAGAAAAAUCUAAUUUUGAGGCAGAAUUGUGAUUUAGAAAAUUUUUAGAUUAUGCAAAAAAUGUAGUGAAAUUUAAGUCAACUGUUUUGCAUACAGACCAACUCAUAACAGCAUUAUCUAGCUGAUCUGUAGACUGUGGUGAUUUUAUCAGCCUUUGUGGACUGUUGACUUUUAGUUAUGCUCAUGUGGUCAGCACUGUGGGAAUGAAUAGCUUGUGUUUCUUAUCACAGCACUAGCUUUUACAAUGCAAAUAUAAAGAACGAGUCUUGUUAGACUGAUCCAAUAGUAUUUGCAAGAUGUUAAAAAUAUUCUUCUAGACUGAAAAUAUAAUCUGAUUCCUUGGUUUCAGAUAUUUUAUUUAUUUUUACACUAGUAAUUCCCAAUUCCUUUCCACAUAAUUUCCGAGGAUAAUCAAACCAUGACCCUGCUCCCAGCGGAGGAAUGUGUUUGUUAGAUCUGCUGUGAUUUUUGUCUCAGGACCAGCUAAGAGUUCUGACUUCAGCAUUCAGAAUUAAAUUUUUUUUUAAAGCAUUUUCCCCAAAUUACAGCAUUCUACCUUCUAGCCGUCUUACAAUUACACAGUCUUUACAAUUUGUGCUUGUUUAAUGCCACGGAGGUAUGACAUAACCACACCGUUGGUCAAAGGUCAUCAUCCUUAUAAAACACUUUAAUACAACAGCAAACAGAUGGCGUAUUCUGACUGGCAUCUUACUAUCAUUUGAUUCUCCUGCAGAUGAACUUUCUUGCUGAAUGAUGCUAGGUCUUCUCACCCCAAGCAUUAACCUCUCAAGAUCCAUUUAAUUCCACAGAGGAUUGUGGGGGAUUUAACUUGGAUCUCAGUUUGAUUGUUAUGCCUUCUAAACGGAAUGACUUUCUGACAUGACCUCUGCCCUGAAACAUCACUCCUGUGAAAAUAUCUAGCCAUGCUUGGGAGUUUCAGUGGAUCUGUUUAAAUGCAUCAAGAAGAUCUAAUUUUAAAUAUCACAUCAGCCACGUGACCCUUACAGAUGUUCACUGCGUCAGUGGAUCCUUAAGAUGCUCAGCUCUGCAAUGUUAAAAGUCGUUGAAGAACCCUGCGGAGGAAAGCCUGUAUUCCUGAAGUUGGACAAUUAAUGUGUAGAUCAAAGGUCAGGAUGGAAGCUACUAAAACGGUGUCAGAUUUCGCAGAGGUCAAACGUUUCUUGCAUGUGCAUACAUAUUUUUAAAGACAGCUUUGCAAAAAACAGAACAUUUAUUGCGCUGUAUUAUUUAUGACACACUUAAUGAAGACUUGUACACACAAUCUGUAUAACUCGUAUGUGGAGGUGCCAAGAAAAUUUACAUUUUUUUUUUUUUUGACUGUGAUUGUGUAUUGACUUAUAUGGAUGGUACUGUUAAAUAUUGUUUCUUAUGCAGAUAGCUUUGUUCUUAUAGCUGACCAAAGUCACAUUUCUUUUUUUUAUUUUAAAUGUAUACGAGAAUCAUAAAAUUGAAAAUGCAUUUCUCUGUAUUUAAUGUAAUGGUAUUCAUGACCUUUACUGUCUCUUCAAAGAGCAUUUUUCAUUGAAGAGGGGUGUGUAAUAAAUCCCCAAAAUAGUGUUUUGUAAGACGCCAUGCGAAUGAAGCUCUAAUUUAGUAGUUUGACUACCAGAAAAUGAUCUAUUUUUAUGUCACAUCACUUGUCUUUGUGUCUUACGAAGCGAUAGGUCAAGCCUUUGAUAAGUGACGUGUCAAUUGUCGAAACUGAGCUGCCAUUUCGUGGCAGGGCGCUGUGCAAUACUAAAGAGAAAACAUAUCGCACACAAUAGAAAAAGGGCUUUUUUCUUUAAGUGUCCCAGCUGUGUGCUAAAGUAUAGAUUUUAAUCUGAUGGCCUCUGGACUGUUUUUGAAUUCAUUUUACCGUUUAGCUGUUUAUCCAUCCAAUGGUGCAUGUCUGUUCUAAAGCGAAUGGGCUCUGGACUCACCCAAGACUACUUGAAGCAUAAAUGUUCCUCUCAUUUGCUUUAUCCUUGAGAUUACAUUAAAAUCUCCAUGAUUUUGAUGGUCACUUCCAAAAAAGGGGAUGUGCAAAUCUCUACAAUGUAUUUCCAAAAUAGUCAGUGAAUUGUUUAAAGGGCUAGUCCGGUUUUGGUUCCAUCUGACCUCGAUCGAACAUGUUUCUUUGAAAUAAGACUGAUUUUUUGUUCAACAGCUAGAUGGAGUACAACCGAAUAGAAUCGAAUGCAGGGGUUACACAGCGCAUUUUUCGUAGUUUGAAAUUUUAACAAUAUUUAUGACAUACAAAAACUUUGUCUGCAUGUGUUUGGCUCUAGUGCUGGUGCUUUAAAUGGGAUGAAUUUAAAGGUAUUGCGGAGGAUUUUCUUUUUCUGGGUGGAUCAUCAAGACUAUUGGUCCUCCUAGUUGUCAAUCAGGAGUGUUGCGCAAUUGCAUUUUUUUUAAAAGUGAAGAAGGCGGUUCUUUUCUAAAAUUUGAGAAAAUCCUCCGCUACACCUUUAAAGAUGCAAGGUUUUGUAUUAUUAAAUUAUCUAAAAGCUAAAGCACAGCAAAAAUCACUAAAUUCUCUAAUGACCCAUUACAAUAACAUUUUUUUUUUAAAAAUAAAACAGAAUCUCGCCUAUCAUCCGUGUAUUAUAUGUAUAGAAUUAAAUAUUUUUUAAAUUUAAUUAUCCCCAUUAUAAAUUUGUAGAUUGGUGAAAAUUUUGACUUUUAUUUAAUUAAUCUUUCUAUGAAGAUUAGAAAUGAAAUUGUAGUUGUUUUUUCUGCUUAAAUUGAUAAGAAAACCGAGCUCUUGAAGCAUGCUUAUCUGUGCAUUGUUGCUGUAGAUAUUGUCUUUUGAAGUCGUUUCUGUAUAGGGAUGCUUAACGAUUAAUCGCGAUUAAUCUAUAGCAGAAUAAAAGUUUUUGUUUACAUGAUAUAUGUGUGUGAACUGUAUAUAAUAAAUUUGUAUAAAUAAAUGCAGACACAUGCAUGUAUUUUUUUAAGAAAUGUUUACAUGUGUAUAUACAUUUGUAUAUUUAUGUAUAAUUUAUAUUAUAUAUAAAUAUAAAUACCUAAUAUAUAAAUAUAUUUUUUUCUUAAAAUUAUACAUGCAUGUGUGCAUAUUUAUAUAUACAUAAUUAUUAUACACAGUUCACACACAUAUAUGAUGUAAACAAAAACUUUUAUUCUGCUAUGGACUAAUCGCGAUUAAUCGUUAAGCAUCCCUAUUUCUGAAUAAUUGUUUGUAAUUGAAGGAUGUAGGAAGUGGAUUUAUAUGUUGAUGUUUAUUAACUAAGGAUGGAAGUGUGACAUUUUUUUUAUAAUAGAAAUGGAUCAUGAGAUCGUACGUUGUAUGUUUUGCGUCAUAAUCGAUGGUACGUCAUGGUUAACAGCAGGGUAAAGGUUUCAGUUUUAUUUCAUUUGUACAACAUUGAUGCCACAGAGCUUUUUGUAUGUUUUUUGUUCUCUCUUUGAUGCCAAAGCGUUUUUUUUUCCUGUGGGAAACUUACUAUGUUCUAGAAGCCAAAGUCAAGGCCUAGUGCCCUCAAGGGAGUUAAUCUCCCAUGAUGCUUCGCUCUCCGCUGUGCCAUAUUUGGAUGCCGGACCCAACCGGUCCCCUGCCGUCGUAGAAAAUGGAAGUCUGGGCUGAAACGUUGCGUGUUCGUUCUCGGACACAUACACACCCUUUCACAACCUCUACUUGAUUGUAUUAGGUGUUUGUGUUGAAUUUAUUCAUGCAUGGUCUGUUAAAUUACUGAGCCUGGCUCUUGAUUAAUGGUUAAUGGAUCGCUCAUGAUCUCUCCCUUGCAAGUGACAAUGAUUUGAUCAACUGGAGUGAAUUGUUUUUCUUUUUACUUUAACUUUUAAAAUGUCCCAAAUUGUUUUUUUUAUGCGAGUAUGAAAACUGUCUGUGAUUAACACUGAAGUUGCUGGGCUGAAAGAAUAUUUGUUCGGCUUCUAUGCGUUUUUAUUUUAGCGAUUCUACAAACUGUCUGGUGCGUUGUAUGGUUGUAGCUGAGGUACUGGUGUAGUGUACCACACAUUUUGUAAUAAUGUCAUGUUUUAGAAAAUAAUUGUUGACAGUAUAUUUAUAUUCUGGUAUAUCUGCACUGAAGAAAUAAAUGUGAACUUAAUGUC